GCUCUAUUAUACCAGCUCCCCGCUUCUCAAUACCUGGGUUUUUUUACCAAUAUCCAACUAAUUACAGUCUUUUCGCCCUGUGCCUACCCGGCUGCCGCUCUCUAAUACAGCUCAUCGAGCAAACACUCUCACACCAGAGCGUAAUCCUACCAGUAUAUAGUCUAUCCAGGAGACCGACGUCCACUCUUUCGAAUACCAAACACUACAAUGGCUUUCCGGCAACCCAUGUCCCGCUAUGGACAAUGCACCUCGUACUUUGUUGAGACUCAAGAUGAUGGCUUAUACGCCGCGCGCGCAGAAGAGAGGGAUCGUGCCCGGGCCAUCGCCCGCAUGCAGCAGCGGGCCCUUGCAGAGGAACUGUCAAGAUUAACUGCAGAUGAAUAUCAGGACGAUAUCAUGGACCACAUGGAGUACAUGGAGUCACAAACUCUGCCCGAUGUUAAUUCUAUUGACAUCCAGACCGAGAUCCAGUGGUUCAUGCGCCCCUACCUUCUUGACUUCCUCGUUGAAGCUCACGCUGCGUUCCAGCUGCUUCCAGAGACCCUGUUCCUCGCUGUCAAUCUCCUCGACCGCUACUGCUCUCGCCGUGUCGUAUACAAGCGUCAUUAUCAGCUAGUCGGCUGUGCUGCCCUGCUGAUCGCUGCUAAGUACGGUGACAAGAAGGACCGUGUGCCUACGGUCCGCGAGCUCAAGUCGAUGUGCUGCUCGCUAUACGACGAUGAGAUGUUCACCCAGAUGGAGUGGCAUGUGCUACAGACCCUAAACUGGAUCAUUGGACACCCCACUGUUGACGCCUUCCUCCAGGUUGCUCUUGCAGAAGGACCUUACGAUCCUGAGGUUGAGCACAUGUCAUUGUACAUCGCCGAGAUCGCCCUGUUCCACAAGGAGUUUGUCUCGACUAGACCUUCGAUCCUCGCGAGGUCCUCGCUCGCUCUGGCCAGGUGCAUACUCUCUCGCAAUGACCACAAGGUGUCUGAGUGGGCUGCUACAUACGACCCCCAGACCGUGAUGAGCUUGUCCAACCACCUGUAUCAGCCUUCGCAAGUACUAUCUCGCAAGUAUUCGUCCAUGCACCUCUCGAACGUCUCCACGACUGUAGACGAGUUCCUUCAACGCCAGGCACAGAUUGCGCGACGGGCUGCUGCGCCACCGACGCCGCCGGCGUCUGUUGGAUUGGAAGAGCCGAAGUCGAUGAUCGAUGCUUAUGGACCUCAGACACCCCAGAAGACUCAUUACUCUGCUUCUGUUAUGCAACAUGGAUGCCUCACCCCACCUAUCACACCGGAGAAUGAGCAAUACGUGGCCAAGUCGCAUCCCAUGCCGCCCACCACGUAUCCUACCACCCCAACGCCCGAGCAUCCAGCCAACAUGCAUCAAGCGCAGUACUACCAAAAUACAUACAUACAGCCGCAGCCGCAGUACUGACGUCUUAUGGUGGUACCGGCCGUAGCGACCUAAGAUCAAUAGGCCUCCUCUUGACCAUUCUUCGCGUGCUCGGGCUUGCCUGGUUCACCCGUUUUAGCUGUAUCAAAACUCGUUUGUAUGAAUGAGCAUCAUAGCAUGGUCCAUUUCAUCGGCAUUGCAAGCGUUUGCGUUUUCGUUCCCCGGAGUCCCAGAGAUACUCUUCAUUGGUUUUUAGCGAUUUCCUUU